UGUGCCUUAAUCAAAGUGGUGUUGGUGGUAGGUAUGUCGUUGUCGUUGUGGCUGUAGUGGGCAGUGGGUGGUGUCAUAUCUGCAGACGACUGCAUCUAGUCGAAGGGGCUUGGACCGGGUCGAGAUCUGGCGAAACCAGGCCCUCUUCUUUUCCAUCUUGUAACAGAUUCACCCCGAGAAUACACUGCUUGGCAUCCGCACCCAGGUACGUGUUACCCCAUGGGCUUUCUGAAGGAAGCGAGAAGUGAGGCCAUUCAGGCCAAGUCAGACUUGCUGAUGUGAUGUGAUGUGAUCAAGGUAAUACGAGGUGAUACCGAGUGAUGUGAGAUAUGAGCUACGGGAUGCCAUACAUAAUGUAUGUAUUAUGUAUGUAUAGGUAGGUAGGUGAGUAUGCGCAUGUAUGUAUGCCCCGAAGUGAAACUUGAAGGUUGCUGGGAUAGAGCUCUUGCAUAGGUUGUAUACAUACUACCUAGGAAUGAAUAUCUUACGCAGUAAAAUACUGGGGUAUCUUGUUCAUUUAGGCAGCCUGCAUCAGUCUGCACAACUCAAAACAAGGCGAGCAUAGUCAGCGAGUGCCUAAUUGACUCAGAUGCAUAUAUUGAUUUCAAGGAUAUCCUUUCUUACGGCGCCUUCUUAACUCACCACCUCCCACCAGAAAGAUAUCGAGACUCGAUACGAUUCGAUAUGAGCGUCCCCUUCGCUUACCUAACUUCCCUUCACCUACAUUAUGAGAUGUUGCCAGCCGCCGGCUGCAACUCUCAGAGUCUUUGAGGCCAACUGUUGCUGUUUCUAUUUCUGUUGUGCCUUCCUUCCUUCCUUCCUUUAUUGUACUGCACCGCACUACACUCCCGUUUUCUGCGCUGCACUGUACCUUCCUUGUCAACAUUUCAAAACCUGAUAGCAUCAGCAAGGAAAGAGUCAGCAAAUAUGGAAGGACGGGGCCGGUGGGGAUUGCCUGCCGAAUACCUGAGAUUCAAUCAGUGCCUUACCUUACAGUCCGGCAGAUUGAACGGGAUACCUAUCUUGGUACCUCCUUAGACAUCCACUCCGGACAGCCUCCUUCAGCUUCCCUCCACAACUUCAUACCUUGCCGGCUUCAUGAAGAAUUGCUUGUCUGACAGCUCACCUCUCACAACUUCCGCUGCUGGUUCAACAUGCCUGAUCCAUGAUCUUUUGCGCCUUAUCACUAGCUGCACACUUGUCUAGUGUAUUGUAUCUCGCGAGCAAGGGACCUAGUCAUCAUGUCAGGUUAGGUUAACCACAAGCCUACACACAGAUAACCCUGCCCCCGAAGACCCCUGCCAGUGUCUUGUCCAUAGACACUCUCUCCAAGCUUAUACUGCCUUAUUGCUUUUUCGAAACUCAAAACCGCCAGCAACUCUGUGCAUUUUCACCUCGGCAGGAGAAAUGAUCUGUCAUUAAGAAGUGCCAGGCAGUAUUCGGCAGGCAUUACGUUUGCGAUUGGGUCAUGGCAUGCCCACCUCGAGACUCGUUUAGAUGCACAGUGCUGCUCAACAGCCUUGGACAGGUUAUGGUCUGGCCGGUAGUCCUUUGAUCAUUAUGUCGAUUCGCCUCCACGGCCCGUGGUAUCGGACUUAACUUUCCUGUUCUGACACUCGUAAAUUUCACAUGAAUACAGGCCUCAAUACUCUGUUCAAUGAGAUCAGUUCCAGAGACAUUAUUCAUGCAAACUCCGUUCUAUUGGGUCUCGGCCUCGCCAAGCAAUACAUCCGCCCAUAUGCGGCUCGCCAUCGGUUUGCGUUUCAUAGGCCCACAAGGAGCUACGCAUACGGGACGAUACAUACGACUGAAAAUGACCGCCAUUCGAUGUUGCGUCUUGAGUGCUUUUGGCGAGUCAUUCAUUCUUCUUCAAACUACCAGGAUACAACCCCUACUCUCUAUGGUUAUCUCAUGUCGAGGAAAUACAUGAAUAGCAUGCAAUCAGUGUCACUCGCCGUUCGAUCAAGUGCUGUCCCUCAUGGCUUGCAAUGCUUCUGACUAAGCCCUCGUGGCUCCCCAACGUCACUGCACGUAUAAUAUGCAGCUGAAUACGCUUCAGCUGCCUGUUCUAGUUUUCUGGGGAAACAUGUGCGUGGCUGCAAAGCAAUAUGAUAGGUGGAUGCGCGGUGUGGGACGGUGACUUUGCGCGGUACUUCACUUGACCGGUCAACCACGAGGAGAUCCUGGAGAUGGCCCACUACUCUUUGGCUCCGGCUCAUUCUUCGCCUCAAGCCUCGAUGAUCAUCCCCCACAUCAAACGACAAGAUCUCCAAUCCGAUACUUCAGCCUCAAUCGCAAGGGAGACUUAGCCCAGCUAAUCACCACCCUGUCAGCGAGUUUAGGCACCUCGGGUCGACGACGUGCAUCCUUGUGCAUACAUACCUCAUGCUAUCACCUCAGGUAGAUAGCUACUUCAAGACAUGGCUCACCGACAAGUCUGUCGACUAACGGGAAGUUUAUUCCAGCAAAUGGGGUUCAUCCCGAGUUUCGAUAACGGUUGCAUUGUGAUACAAACAAGCUUGCAGGUUUCCGCUCCAAUGGGUCCAACCAGCUUCACCGCGAGCCGAAAUCAUACUCAAACCCUUGCAACAGGAAGUAAUACUGAUGGCAUUACGGGACUUGUCGGGGCUUUCAUCGGCUGAAUGAAGCCGAUUAUACCUCACAGAAGUGGUCCAAGACAAGUUGUGAACGGUGUCUGAAUGUCUGAGAUUUGUGGGAGAUAAGAAACGGUAACACUAUUAGAGAAUAUGAAAACCGGCAUGCUACUUGGGCUUGUCAAGUGCUAUGCUUGACUGGUCAAGUGGACUGUUUCUCUCUUUCCUCGCCUUGGAAAGCAAGGAGAUCUCUAGUCGACGUCCUGCAACCACUUGGGCAAAGACCGAAAUAUGCAGCUCGGAAUCUCAACUCUGAACAUGCAGGACGGUUGGGUUACUUUGCUUGCGAUGAGUGCCUUCGUUUCAGAUGUGACAGUCUGUCCUAUCAGAACACUUGUUUCAUGCACUGAAAACAACAGACAACUUCGUUUCACUUAGCCAAAUGGUCAUCAAAUAUGGUGGAGAUGGACAACGUUUGCGAUCCUGCUCGCCUGCUGCUUUCGCGAGUCAAUGAUUCACAUCAAGCGUAUGUUGAACAUCUCCAUUACACUUUUGGCCUCAUUCCGCAAAUUACGAUCAGGGAAAGAUACUCAUGACUUCGCAGAUUAUAUGCAAGUCCUUGGAAACCUCCAGAUAGCUAGCAGGCUUCACAUGGAUUUCUUAUCUUAAAAUCGCUGACAGAAGGAACAAACCCUUGAACAGCUGUAAGUUGGGUCCCGUCUGACGUGGAAUAACAAGAGUCCAAGAGCCCAAGAGCUCUCCCUGCUCUCAGCUGCAACUGUGAUGGGUCGAUGCGAUAAGGUUCGCCGUGAGGGCCUUUUUGUUGCUUCUUGGGUGCUGUUCACCGCCUAUACAACUAUGACCGCAAUGUUGGGGUGGCUACCGGGGUUGGCGAGCUACCGAACAAACAAGCAACUGGCCCCCCUCAGCCAAGAACAUUCGGUUGACUUCCCCAAGUUAUCUCAUCUCGCGGCAGCAAGGGCUCAUGUGAUGGCUUGGGACGGAGCCGUGCAGCGCGGGGGAGCGAAGCUUCCGGAGAAUUAUACUAGACAGCUACAGGAAGCUCAAUUCCUUUGAUUGUGGCGUGGCAAGCUAACAAACAAGACGAGACGGUGAUGUGUCGGUGUGAAGAGUGAGCACAAUGCCUACAGGCUCCGACACUGGGAAACUGUCAUUACCGGGUAUACCAACGGGUCGGGCCGUAAGUCAGUCCAAGUCCAGUUGAAAGUGGGAUUUCCGGUGAGAUAGUUGACAUGGAUGGAUGAUUCGGGUACCGCCAGUCUGUGUAGUGGAUGCCUGGGGUAAAGUACCCGUCGGAACGCAUUGCAUAACCCAAGGUAAAUCACUAGCGACGACAGGGCUCAACACCAUCGGCAUCGACCAUGGCAUAACUAUGUAUGUCUGUUUGUCGUCAUGGGCACAAAUGUCAGCCCGAUAGCCACAUCGUGCUACCUAUGGGCCAUGGUACGCCCCGAAUCUCUCAACUCAAUAGUGGAUGUUCCCGGAUGACAUCCGCAUUGUCCUUGUUGGUUAAGGAUGAGGGUGGUUGCAUCCUCUUAAGGCACAAAGUUAUGCCUAGUACACGGAACGGGGAACUCUUCCCCCCCGUCAGGUGAGCAUCUGUUUUCUGUCUUCCAACGACUUACAAGUGAAACAACAUUUGAGGAUGCAGGGUAAGUAGACCGUCUCACAUCCAUGUUGAUGACAUUCUUAAGGAUGGUCAAUAUGUCCGGUGCCGUCGGCAUCCCAGAUUAGCCACGGCGAAUAACUUUUCUUUGCCAAUUUAUCGAAGCGAGCGGUCAGACCAUUGGCUUGGUCGUGAGGCACCCUAGAAUUGCAAGACGAGCCCAAUGGCGGGGAUCUUGCCAUGAUGAUACGAAUUGUACGUCUCGGGUCUGACUCAACUCUACAAACAUCAUUGACGUGGAAGAAAUGGCGUCAGGGGUCAUAGUGAGAACAACUCGGACACAUCCUACUGGCCAUUCUAUGUAUUGGGGAAUGAUGUACGACUGUCGGCCGUCUCUUUUCGCAUUAUACCCAAGAGAUACAGUGUUGUCAUAUCUCGCGAUAUAUCCCCCCAAAUCACCUCAACCAAAUUCCAAAACAAGCCCGUGUUCAUUCAUUGCAUACUUUUCUGUCUGUUGUUAGAGAUGGUAUAUUGUCCUUUGGCCUGGUAUGUGAGAGCGAAUCACCAAAUUUAAACCCAUCGAGCUCCUUGGAAUAGUCAAUAGUAAAUAGUUGAUGGUGGGCUACGGGGGGGAUUUUGAGACAACGGUUAAUUCUGUCUGGCUUAAUUAAUUUACAGAAUCUCCGACAUGCAGUGUAAUGUAAGUCGGAGAAUUAUUCUCUUUAUCACUUACAAAACUGCCGUAUACCAGCCUCCAGAAACUGAUUAAGUGCUCACAUCUGAAUAAUGCAAUUCUCCCAUAGAGUCAUGAUUCACCUGGCCUAGAAUGUUGUAAUCCAUACCUUCUUC